UCGCAUGUUUGGGUUUUUAUAAUGUCCGUUUUAAAUUAAUGAGUAACAUAAGGUAUGUGGUUAAAAUUACUUUAAGGGACUUUUCACUUUUUGUUCUAGAGCAUAAAUUGCACACAGCCAUACCAGUCAAAUGUGAUUUUUUAAGCUGCUGUGUAUUUAAUCGAUAAUGAUAAUUAAGGACUACAAAUACCAUGAGCAUGUGAGGUUUUUGCUUUACGAAAUGGAUGACUGUUGUAGUCCAUAUUUAGCGAUGGGUUAGCAACAUAAAUUUUUAAAAGACACAACAGCUUCGAAAUCCACAACUGAAGUUUGACUGUGUGUAAUUUAUGUUCUAGUUUCUAGAGCUAAACGUGAAAGUCUUGAGGGAAAACACUGCGAAUUAGCAUUCCGGGUUUGCCUACAAACUGACGUCAUGGCUGAACAGCUCUAUUUAGGUGCUGGACAACUUCGAAUACAAGCAAACAGUUAUUUUGGUUUAAAAUGUAAAUGAUUCAUUUACAUCCCUGCUUUAAAAAUAAAUAAAGUUUUUGAUUUUUCACCAAAAAAAAGUAGUUUUGAAUACUGGAGGUAAUACGCUAGGGGGCGCGUUUUUAGUGCAGCGGUCGUUCCGGGGCACACGGAAGAGACAAAUAUUUUUUUGCUGACGAACAUGACGUCACCUGGCGGAGUACGUCAAUGCGGUAGUGACAGCGGAGGAACGCACCGACUGGAGCAGCAUCCUGGACUGGUAAAGCCUGACACUACUAAACUUAAAAUCUGGGCUGAAGGCAAUCUGAAGAGAGCCCAAGGCCGCAGAACAGCAUGGGGAACGCGGAGAGCGGCUGUGGCGCUGGGAGCGGCGAUGAGGAGGAUGUUGAAACGGAGAGCCCAGUGUUCGGCGAGGACAGCCCGGCCUCUGCUGCCACAGGCAACAGGGCCGGCGGCGGCGGUGGUGCUGGUGGUGGUGGUGGAGGAGGAGGUGGAGGUGGAGGCGGCGGCGGCGGCGGCUCCGGCGGCUCCGGUCCGGGGAGAAACGGAAGAGGAUCUGCGAACCCACCGGCACCAAGCUACGGACUCCCCACCCCUGAAGCUCUGUUGGAGCAGGUGAAGUUGAGAGAGGCAGCGGCCCGUAUGAACGACUCAUGGGUUGCCAUUUCGGAGUCGGUGCUUGCGCGGAACGAGAGCGCUCUGGUACGCUGGCUGGAGGAGCGGCUGAGCCGCGGAGAGGAGUCCGUCACCCUGGAACAGUUUUGCGAGAUGUUGGAGAGCAGAGACGCGCCCAGAGAUGAGUGCGAAGAGGCAUUUGGUCAGUUUGAUGCUGAGGGUGAUGGGAUCGUCGAUGUGGAGAACAUGCUCAUGGCACUGAAGAACUCUAAUGGAGCCAAUCUGCAGGGAGAACUCAGUCAUGUGAUCAGGCAGCUUCAGGCAUGCUCUCUGACACCAGGAUUUGUGGAUAUCUUCUCCAAGUCCAAGGACCGUCUCAAAGCACAUGCCUCCAAGAUUCUGAAAUUCUUACAUAGGAACCGCAUCCCUAGCAGUGCCAUCCCAUUCCCAGUGCUGGAGGGUUACAAUAGCAUCUGCACCAUGAGGUCAUCUGUAGUGCAGGACUUCCUGGAUUACCUGCUACAGAAGGAGAAAGAUUUAGACAUCCAGUACAGAGCAGAGCUCAAUCACGACCCAGAUGUGGAUAAGGUCAAAGUGGUCACUCAGUGCUACAGCUUCAUAGAUGCUUCAUCUAACAGUGCAGAUAUACACAAGCUAACUAAUGGAGAGACUGUGUCUUUCUGGCAGUCGGACGGCAGCGCUCGCUCACACUGGAUAAGGUUAAAAAUGAAGCCAGACAUCGUUUUGAGACGACUGGCAAUUGCAGUAGCAUCUAAUGACCACAGCUACAUGCCGCAGCUGGUGUCUGUAGCUGUAGGGAAGAACCGGCGCUCCUUGCAGGAGAUCAGGGAUGUGAGGAUCCCCAGUAACGUCACAGGAUAUGUACCUCUACUGGAUAAUGCCAACAUCACCCAUCCCUAUAUUCAGAUAAAUAUUAAGCGUUGUCUAAGCGAUGGCUGUGAUACACGUAUUCAUGGUCUUAAAACAAUGGGCUACCAGAUCACCAAGAGUAAAGAAGUUUCGGUAUCCGACGCCUCCGCUAUAUGGUAUCUGUCACUCCUCACGUCUCUGGUCACCGCUUCCAUGGAAACCAACCCUGUACUUGCGCAGACUGUUCUGCAGAGCACGCAAAAAGCCUUACAGCACAUGCCGCCUCUGUCCUUAACGCCAUCUUCAACUGAAUUCCCCAAAUUCUUCUCAGCAAACAUUCUAGAAGAAGUGGAUGGGUUUUUACUGCGUAUAGCAGACUGUUGUGUGUCUCCUGAGGCUGAGCUGACUUUGUUAGCUUUUGCUCUGGCUCGAGGCAGCGUGGCUAAAGUUCUCAUCUCUCUGUCUGGUAUCUGUGAGCAUCUGGAGUCAGAAUACAGAGCUUCCUCACUGUUGGCAUCUAUGGCGUCGGUCCGGCUAAGGCUGCUUUAUCGUAAUGGUAAAUCCCUCCAGCUGCAUCUUCAGGCAUGUGAUGUCAAGAGUAAAGAGGAGAAGUCCGGCCCAGAAAACAUGCUGACUGAACCCAGCACUGGAGACGGUUUCCUGACAGAAAAUGGAAAGAGGAAAGCCAGUGUGAUCCUGUCCACUGAAGACCAGAGCUGCUUUCAGGUCACACAGAUCAAGAUAAAGGUGCGUAAAGGAGCGAUUGGUGCUAAAUGUGGCUUAGUGUUUGCAUACAAUGACAGCGAGGCAUUUGAUGCAGAUAAACACUUCAAAAGGUUUAAAAAGUAUGACAGCUGGGACUACAAAGACUACAAAGAAUUUGUCCAAGACAGCACAAGAAUACCAGAGACGAGUGAAGAGAAGCCGAUUGGCUGGUUUGAGGUUGAGGAAGACUGGAACAAUGUGGAGAUCAAACUUCAGCAAUGUCGAGUGUCAAAAUUUCUGAUGGUGAAGUUCCUGUGUGCCAGGCAGGACACAGCAGAGCGAUUGGGCAUUCAGCAGAUGAGUUUCAGUGGGUAUUUGUGUCCAGACUCUGAGCGUAUGGAGGAUGUGGAGGAUCUGAGCAUUCAGGCAGAGGGGAGCGUCUCGGGUCUGGUCACUGGCCUCACGCUCAUGAAGAAAACCCUCUACUUCAUCCAGCAGCUCACCAGAGACAUGGAUGCGUCUCUGUCGAAGCAUAAGUCCCUGCUGGACUUCAGUGACCUCAACCUGCUUCUGUUCUGGGACUUUUACCGCAAACUCAGAUCUAUUGAGGGAGAGGAGGCAGUCAAGACUAGAGUUUUGCUGCUUCAGCUGCUGCAAAACUGCUUCCCAAUGCUGCCAAGCUUGACAGAGUCCCAGCCGUCAGAUGUCACAGCCUCAUCGUCUGCAUCAGCCUCAGCCAGCACACACGUGGACCCUGCAGAAGCUGUUGGGGAGCUUUACAGUCACUUGUGUCAAGUGGUGGAUGGGCCUGAAGGAGAGACUGCAGUGGAGAAAGCUCUGAGGAAAGAAGCUGUGAAAGCCAUUCUCAGUGGAGCUGCGGUCUUCUUCCCUGACAAACAGAGCAGGAGAGAUAAGCUCUUCCACAUGAUGAAAAAUAUAACAGAGGAAAAUCAACCAGAGUCUGUGAAACUUACGUUUGAGUCACUCUGCAAUUACUUCAGCGAUCAGGACCCGAGAGGUCUCCUCCUGCUGCCCCCUACAGGAGCCCCAUCCAACUUUAACAUCUCACCUAUCUUGACCGUCAUGGACACUCUGCUCAUCGUGGCCACCAGUGAGUGUGAGGUUUUGAUGUUGGACUCCAGUGGAGGGUCCAUUUGGAGGGUCCUGCUCUCUCUGUUCUGGGCUCUCCAGGGCAGUCUGCUCUCCUGGUGCUUCCUGCAGCUCAAAGGAGGAACUGCCACCUCUGCUGAACUGGCCAGGGAAAUCUUGCUUAAAUAUGUGGAACAGUUCCUGGUCGGUACCAGAAACAUACUGAGUUCUCUGAUUAAUCGCUUCUCUGGAGCUGACAUCAUGGACAAACUCAGCAAAUCUAUCCUCGCCAUAGCAACAAGACAGCUGACAAUCUUCCUGCUGGAGCUGUGUGCUCUGGAUAUUCCUCACUGUGUGCUGCUCAAGAGAUUCUAUCCUCUGGCUGACCUGCUCAAGAAGCUCUCCAGUGACACUGAGGACAUCUUCUCUAAGGUUGAUAUGGAGGGCUGUCAGCAGACACAGCAGCCUGUAGUAUUGAGGAUGUGGCAGAUGGAGUCCCCUCAUAACUACGAGAACAGCAGACACGAAACCACCAUCUUUGUCUGUCCUGGAGCCACAUCCUUCGAGGUGGAGUUUGAUGAACGCUCAGAAACAGAGAAAAGAUAUGACUAUCUGGAAUUCACUGAUGCCAGGGGUGGAAAAGUGCGAUACGACAUGAAGGUCGGCACGGAGAAAUGGCCAAAGAAAGUGACAUUUAAAGCUGGUCCCCAGCUGCAGUUUCUGUUCCACUCAGACAGCAGUAAUAAUGAGUGGGGUUACAAGUUCACAGUCACAGCAUAUGGCCUGCCAGACAUCACUGUUUCCUGGACGUCUGAUAUGCAGCUCCUUGUUUCCAGGCUGAUGGGCCGUCUGGCCUCACGCACCAUGGCAUUGAAAUCACCUUACGAGAUCCGUGGGGUGAAGGAAUUGCCUGCGGGCGUGAUGAACCAUGUUCUGUCCUCUCCUCUAUGGAAGCCUGUGUUCAGACACGGACUGAGUGGUUUUUACAGUGGAGAAAAGUUAGCACUGGCCAGCUUGGAAAAUGGACAGGUUAAGGAAGCGUCAGCUCCUUUGAAAGAUGAUUUGGUGGAGUUCCUCAUGGAGUUUGCCUGCUGGGAUCCUUCCCAAGAUUCUUCUGAUGGCAGGGCAGAGCUCAUGAGGACUCUAAUGAUGACCCUAAAGAAGCAGCAAGUCCAUAAUGAGAUUGCUGCAGGAUGCAAAGUGGACCAGGCUGUGAAUGCCACCUGGGCAGCUAUGGUGUAUCACACACCAGCAUUUCACCAUAGUCUUAGGAGCUUUGUUGCUAAAAAUGGUCUGAGCAGUCUUAGUGAUGACCUCAUGCAGGUCUACACCCUGGCAGAUGGCAUCAAAACAUGGAUGUUGGAGAUGAAACAGCGCUACCUUGUGGCUAAAAUGAACGGACUAGAUGAAAAAGAGGAAGGACAGAAUGAGGUUACUAUGGAGUCACUUGCUGAGAUUCGCAUCAGUAGAAGCUUGUUCCUCUUUAGAUUCAGUCCCAGUGGAGGAAGCUCUUCACCACCAGAGCCCUCUAGAGCAGAAGAGGGUGCUUGUGCUGGUCCUCUUCUCCGAUCAGUUUCCACAUCAGAGGGAGACUUCCAGCCCAGCCAUUCUCCCUCAGUAUCCCAGACCCCCGAGGGAGCAGAAGCAGCGAAUCCUCUAGGAACUGCUCUGCGUGAACAGGCACAGGACCAGGUGUUCUCUGCUUCAGCGGAUGCUGGACAUUCCAGCAGUGUCAGUGCACAGGGUGCCACAGGCUCCUCAGAAAGUCUUCAGUCCCAAACAGGAGAGCCUGUGUCCCCAUUAGUCUUCCCACGGAAAGCACCCUUCAGUCGGGGAUGCCUGAGGCUCCUUUCCUUCCGAUCGAUGGAGGAGCCUCGCAUGGCACCACCUGUUAAAGAACGCUUCCCUAUCCUCAAACACAUCCUCUCCUUUAUGAAGGACAUGGUCAUCAGUGAAAACAGUGUUCUUCAUACUCUGGCUCUGAAGAAGGCUCAGGCUCUAAGUGUGUGUGAGGUUCUGGAGAUCGUGCAGCAGUGUAUACUCACACUGGGCAAACCUCACCUCUUCCAGGCCCCCUGUAUUCUGUUUCUCCAGGAACUCUUGGCGUGUCAGAAAGAUUUCACCAAUUACUUUUCUCAGUUGGCUGGCAGUGGGCAGGAGAUGAGGGAACUGGUCAGACACUGGUAUCAUCGUCUGGUUCUCAUGCUUGUGGAGGCUGUGCAGGGCUUCAACAAGCUUAAUGAGAAGGUACUGUUGCCUGCCCUGUCAUGUGUGCAGACCUGUCUGCUUCAUUUGCUGGAUAUGAGCUGGGAGUCAAAGGAUCUGCCACUGUUUCUGGACAUCAAGCUGCCUGAUCUUCUGCUCACCAUGUCUCAGGAGAACAUCAGUGUCCAUGACAUCGCCAUCAGUCAAUGGACAGAGGAGGAUGAGAUUGCUGACUACGAGAGGAACUGUGAGUGGAUGGACGAGUGUUUGGAUGGCAUGUUUGAGAAGUGGUUUGACAAGAUCAGCCAGGCCUCAUUGGAGGAAAAGAGAAAGAUGCACAUGUUCAUUGCACGCUACUGUGACCUGCUGAAUGUAGAGAUUUCUUGUGAUGGAUGCGAGCGAAUUGCGCCAUGGCAUCGUUACCGGUGCCUGCAAUGUACGGACAUGGACCUCUGCAAGACCUGCUUCCUCAGUGGUGCUAAACCAGAAGGCCAUGAGGAUGACCAUGAGAUGGUAAACAUGGAGUAUGCUUGUGACCACUGUCAAGGCCUUAUUGUGGGCAGCAGGAUUAACUGUAAUGUCUGCGAGGACUUUGACCUCUGCUUCGGAUGUUACAAUGCUAAAAAGUACCCGGACAGCCAUCUUCCCACCCACCGUAUCACUGUCUAUCCAAUGGUCACCAUCCGCAUCAGUGACCGCCACAGGCUGAUCCAGCCCUACAUCCACAACUACUCCUGGCUACUGUUUGCCGCGCUUGCCCUCUUUACUUCGGAGCUGGUCAGUGAGAAAGAGCAGGAGGGAGAGCUUCUGGAUGAUGUCACCCUCGGUUAUGCCAGUGCUCUGCAGACCCACUGCUCUGACCUCAUCAAUGAGUGCCUGCUGAAGGGACAAACUGGAAAAGGUCUGCGAGCCUCAGCUUUGCUGUCCCUGCUCUCCUCUAACGAAUCAGCCACAGAGAGUGAACAGUGUCCUGUAACUCCUGGCUCCUCUCAGGACAUCAGCAGCACAGACACCUUAUCCCUGCCCAGCAGCACCACAGCUAUCUGCUCCCCACUGCCACCUAGAGAUGGAAAACUCCAAAAGCAGGAAGUGGGUGCAGAGGGUGAUGAGAUGAGGAGAAGGAAGCUGGUCUCUCAGGAUACGUUUGACUCAUCCAGUGCUAGUCAGACACCCACUAGUGAGGACACACUCUCUCCUGGAGUUAGAGUCUCAGAGUCAAGUGGGGACACCAUCAAAUCUCCUACCUCAGAGAGCAUGGAGGUAUAUAAAGACACCGAGGAGAAGACUGCCAGAGGGCCCCUACAGGAACAUGUGUUUGCUGAAUGCUCCAGAGAGAGAAUUCUGGGAUUGUUGGCAGCCAUGUUGCCUGCAGCCAAACUGGGCAGCACACUCUCUUUGUCCAGCCUGAGUCCUAUCCUGCCACUGCUGUUCAGAGUGGUCAUCUCCAAUGCUGGCUGUCUGAAUGAAACGUACCACCUGACACUAGGUCUUCUGGGACAGCUUCUGUUAAGGAUCUCGCCUGCAGAGGCUGAUGCAGCAGUGGCAGAGGCACUCACUGACAAAUUUGAACUACUUGCCCUCGGUGAAGGAGCGACUUUUGAUGUUCAGGGCUGGAAGACCACUCAGUUGCUCUUCAGUCUGGGUGCAGUGUGUCUGGACAGCCGUAUCGGUUUGGAUUGGGCAUGCUCAGUGGCAGACAUCUUGCAAAACCUGAACGUUUGUCCUCAGUGGUGUGCAGUUGUGGCAGCUUUUACUGAUCACUGCAUACAGCAGUUACCACAGCAUCUCAAAAGAACCAACCUCUUCACUCUGCUGGUGCUUGUGGGCUUCCCUGAGGUGCUUUGUAUGGGGACGCAAGCUGUGUUCAUAGAUAAUGCCAAUGAACAGCACAACAUGAUCCUGCUUAAACACUUCACUGAGAAGAACAGAGCUGCUGUGGUGGAUGUGAAGACUCGAAAGAGGAGAACAGUGAAAGACUACCAGUUAGUACAAGCACAUGAGUGCAGCAAGAACAGUAAUGCAGAGGGACAUUCUGAGGGUCAGGCUGUGUGCCCGACUUCCUCCCACCUGAGCCGCUACCUGAGAAACUUCACCUCCAUCUUGAGUCACCUGCUGCAGGUGGGGGUGGAGAGCAGCGCUCAAGAUGCUGUGGAGGCAACCUGGGUGCUUUCUCUCGCUCUUAAAGGACUCUACAACACUCUCAAGAAGCAUGGUGUUGAUCAAGCCCAGGAAGCCAUCCAAGGCUCCGGCCUAAUGCAACUCCUGGUCCGUAAAUGCAGCAAGGGCACAGGCUUCAGCAAGAUGUGGCUUCUACGAGACCUGGAGAUCCUCUCCAUUAUGUUGUACUCCUCCAAGCGAGAGAUCCACUCCAUGGCGGAGGACGGAGACACAGAGACGGAUGGAGAGAGGGAGAAGGAGAAAGAGCACGACUCAGAUCACUCCAGCUGCUGUGCAGAUGAUGCUGAUCCAAACAGACCAGAUCCACUGGAAGGACUGGAUGAGGAGACCAAGAUCUGUUUCCAGAUUACCCAUGAUGCUCUUAAUGCCCCACUGCACAUCUUGAGAGCCAUGUACGAGCUCCAAAUGAAGAGAACAGACUCCUUCUUCCUUGAGGUGCAGAAGAGGUUUGAUGGUGACGCUAUAAAAACCGAUGAGACGAUUCGUACACUGGCACAGAAGUGGCAGCCAUCUAAAAGACCUCGUUCUGAGGAGAGGAACGCCAAGGCUGUAGAUACUGAUAUAAUCAUUGUGCCUUGUGUGUCUAAACCCACCCGGUGUGAACGAGCCACAGAAGAGACAAACAUUGUCACACAGAAACUCAUCACCAACACUGAGAGUGACCUACAGCUGAGUUAUGCCAAACAGCGCCGCACAAAAAGCUCAGCUCUGUUGCACAAAGAGCUAGAUGCGCGCAGUAACAAGGCAGUCCGACAGUACCUUUUCAAGGUGAAUGAGGCCAUUGCUAUCCUGUACGCACGUCACGUGUUGGCGACUCUGCUUGCCGACUGGCCCUCCGACACACCCAUCAGAGAGGAAGAUCUGGAGCUGAGUGGUGCUUCUCACAUGGCCUACAUACUGGACAUGCUCAUGCAGCUAGAGGAAAGACCAAUGUGGGAGAAGAUUUUGCAGAAAGUUCUAAGGGGCUGCAGCCAGAGCAUGCUGGGUAAUCUGUCGCUGACAGCAUGUCAAUUUAUGGAGGAGCCUGGAAUGGCCGUGCAGGUCCGUGAAUCCAAGCACCCCUACGACAACAACACCAACUUUGAGGAUAAGGUGCACAUCCCUGGCGCAAUCUUCCUGUCUGUGAAGUUUGACUCGCGCUGUCACACUGAGGAAGGAUGUGAUGAGCUCCUGAUGGCCAGCAGCAAUGACUUCCUGCAGGACCUGCACACUUUCAGUGGUUCACACCAGAAAUGGACAGACUUUGAGAUUCCAGGGGACACCCUCUACUACAGGUUUAUAUCUGAUAUGAGUAACACAGAAUGGGGCUACAAAUUCACUGUGACUGGCGGACAUCGAGGACGCUUCCAGACUGGUUUUGAGAUCUUGAAGCAGAUGCUAGCUGAUGAGCUGGCCCUCACUCACCUACCACUGUCUGACAUCUGGGAGUGGCAGGUCGGUGUGGCCUGUCGUCAAACAGGAAAUCAGCGACUGAAAGCCAUUCACCUGCUACUGAGGCUCCUGCAGUGUCCGUCUCAAUGGGGUUGUGACCUUACACUUCUGAGGCCGCUGUGGCAGCUCUUUAGCACUAUGGAAAGCGGUUUGAGUCAGGACCCCACCAGCAUCACAGUCCUCCUGCCUCUCCAUCGUGCUCUCACAGAGCUCUUCUUCAUCGCUGAAGCCAAGGCCAUGGAUCAGGGCAUUCUGCAGCAGUACCUUCUUGCUCUCACUACAAAUGAACAGCUGGUAGUGCGCACUACACAGGCUCUGAAGAACAUCGCAGCCAUCAGCCUGGCCAUUAAUUACCCAAAUAAAUCCACCAAGCAGCUCAACCUGUCCCCUUGAAAGAGGGAUGAAAGAGAGAGGCAGAUGAGGAAAGGGAAGCCUGCAAGAGGCCCUCAGGAACAGCCUUCUGUGGAUGAUGUUUGCAGCGGGAGAGCUUCACAUAUUGUCUUCCUGAAAACCCACCCCUAAAUCAUAAAGCGAGAGGCACAGUGACGUCUCCCCGUCAUGUUGGUACCAACUACGUAUACUAUGGGACUCUUUCCAAAUCAUCUCAUAUAAUUAGACAAGGCUUUCUAAUCGCUAUCUCCUGCCUCUGUUAAGUUACCUUCUGUUUCAACUAACUUCUGGUCAGCAGAAGGAAGGAAGAAAUAAAGGUGGAGGAUGUUUUUGAGCUCACCUUACCUGUUUUACCUCAGCUGUAACAACGAGAGCAGUUUAGUGAGGUGUGCCAAAUUUUCUGCUGCUCAUCUGUAAGCUGUUUCAUGUUUCCCUCUCCAGUCCAUUUUCUUUUUUGGAAAAGCCAUCGUGGGUAAGACAAUCGAUCAAAGUGAAAGCAGGUCACCUCUCCUCGACUCACACUUUCUAACAUCUCUCCCUGGACACACCGCCUAAAAAUACAAAGCUGCCAAGGCAGUGUCAUCCAUCAAGAGUGGCCCGAGACUUCAAGCAAGAGUGAAGCAACAUAUACUACUCACAACAUGUCAAUAUCUAUCCAAACCGCGGGGCCUUCUCUAUCUCUGUUCACCCUCUGUGGGCUGACUAUAGCCUAUUGAGCUGAUGUGAAUGUUGAGUCAUUUUAUUAAAGGGGUUAUUCACCCAAAAAUGAAUUUUCUGUCAUUUACUCAUCCUUAAGUUGUGACAAACCAUAUGGGUUUUUUUCUUCCGUGUAGCACAAAAGGAAGUGUUAGGGAGAAUGCCUAAUAUCUCCUUUUGUGUUCUACGGAAGAUAUAGAAUCCAUAUGGUAUGAGGAUCCAUGAGGGUGAGUAAAUAAUGUGAACUAUCCCUUUAAGUUAGUUUGUUAUGAGGAAAUGUAGACUUGAUGUCCAUGUCUGAUAAACCACAAUGUCCUUGACUGAAGUGGUUUCACAUUUGAGUGGAAUUACUGGUUGGUGAUUUAUACAUAUACAUUGCAAUUUUACUGCAGUUGAUCUGGUUGAUAGAGAGGGUCUGUUGUGUUUAAUCUCUUGAUUGAAAGAGAACUGACCUGAAUGGGCUUAAAAUGAGUUAAGGGAAUGGUCUGAAGGUGCAGAAAUUGAUAAUCAUAAACUUUAUCCACUGAAACAGUUUCCUUCAUAGUGAGUUAUGUAGACAUGCACCAGUUUUUUUAAAAGUGGUGACAUUGAUGCAGUUAUGGAACUUUUGACGCUUUAAAACACAUUAUUUAUUAUUACAUGGAUGUUUUUGGGUAGAUCUUGAGUGAAACGUAUGAUUGGCUCAUAGAGAGAUUUGUUGCCAUUUUGCAGAUCAGGGAAAGGCUUUUCUUAGUUCUAAUCAAUGUUAACGUAUUAAUAGUAUUUUUUUUUUUUUUUCUGGUUUGUAGCCAAUGUGUCUCUUUUUUUAUUUAAUAUUGUAAAAGUAAUUUAGGAUUUUCUUUUCUUGAUGGGUCAUUCAGGUCUGCGAUAAUUAUUUUUAUUUCAAUUUCACUUUAUUGUAGUGGGUUUAAGAUUGAGAGAGACGGGUAUUUAUGCCAAAGAACCUAUUAUUGUUUAAAAAAAAAAAGAAGCAUCUAACACAAAGAAAUGUAUAUUUAUCUUCCAGAACAACUGGUUUGUGGGGUCUUAUAUCGGGGUGGUUGAUGGUGGUGUUGUUAUCAAGACAAACUAGAUUUGAUUUUCUGAUUGAAGAGAUGGGCUCCAGCUAUGGACAAGGAUCUUUAGUCCUCAAUGUUUUUGUUUACACACACACACACAAAAAGCACUUGUAUGGAGCACUGGCAACUUUUGGUGUCCCUGCUCAGCCUCAGUUUGGGUGGGUUUCAAAACGUUUGCCAGGAAGACUUCCUGUCUCUCUAAAGCCUCAGAUAUUAACAAACUAUGUGCCUAAAUUUGAAAAGAAGCAAUCUUAAUUUAAUCUUCAUAUCAUUGUAAAGGUCGUCUCUUUAACUAUAUUUUUAAAAAGGAUUCUGUAGUUUAAUUUUGAGCAUUUGAGUCUGUUUUCUUUUUAUGAAUGUCUUUUCCGUUUCAGAGGUUAUGACUUCAAUUGAUUGCUUUGAAUCUGACACACACAUACACACACACACACACACACAUACAGUGUAUUAUUGUGUAUAUAUAUAUAUAUAUAUAUAUAUAUAUAUAUAUAUAUAUAUAUAUAUAUAUAUAUAGCUGUGAAUAUUGAUAAUUGCAAAAAUAACUGAUGUGAAAAUAAUCUUUCAUAUCAAACCUCCACAUUAAAGAAAUGUCAGAAUAAUUUACUACAUUGUUGUAAGUUUACACUUGAUCCUUUGUCACAACAGAACUGCUUUGGGUUGAUUUGUUGAAUUGUUUUUAAUUAAAAAAGCAAGAUAUGUGAAUUGAUUUUCCUGGGGUAUUCACUGGGUUUUUAUUAAUUUAUUUUAUUAAUUUUCUAAGUCAAUUCGAACUCAAAACCUGAAGUUUUUUUUUAUUUUAUUUUUUUAUUUCUUAAAUUACAGUUCAUUAGAAGAACAUUCUAUGCCUAAUUUAUCUAUUGGCUACUCAAGCUGUGCAGCUUCUUGUACUGCCUUCUAAUUACUUAUUUUACCUCAAGUUUUAAAGUUAUUCAAAAUUAGACAUUGUAACCCUUCAAGGCCAUUAAAACUUGUUUUACUAUUCUUGACAUUGAUAUUGUAUUUGAGCCUUUGACCUUCAAAAUCAAUGGCAUCCAUAUAACAUCCAUAUAAAAAUCCAUAUUACUUAAGUAGCUGUCAAACUAAAUUCAUCAAAUUGAGUUUGUAUCUACACAUAGCCUAGAUACCAAGACAUUUGCACUUUUCCUAUUCUUUACUUUGUUUAAAUGUUCCCUUGGCUGAAAGGAACUAUUUAUCUAAAGCUCCCUUAAAUUUGCAGCCUGGAGCCAUGAAAUGUGGUGUGCUACUAGAAGUUACACUAAAUUACACAUAAUCUAGCUUUACCAAACUCAAUAAAAUGUAACGCUUGAAGGUCUAAGCAUCCAGCCAACAUAAAGUUUCAAACUGUGUCCUGUUUCCAUUGAUUACAGAGACAACAAAUAUCUUACCCGAGAUGCUACUUCUACAGUACCGGUUUGUGUUUUGACUUGGCAAACACAUCGGCCCUCCCUUUAGUACUACAGUCUCUCCUAUGUCAGCAUUUUCUUCCCUCCUAGAAUGUUAACCAUCUGUUGUAUUUUAUUAUAUGCCUAAAUAUAGUCUCUCUUUCAAAUGCACAUGCACAGUUGUCCUGUGAUAGAGCCACACCCUGCCUUUUGAAUUAUAAAAAGUCCUCCUGCCCAAUAUAAAGAUUAAAUUUACCUCUUAGUAGGGUUGCACACAUAUGAAAAAAAUUAUAAUUUGAUUAUAAUUGAUAACAAUUAAUUAUUUUCAUUGAUAAUAUAAUUGCGACUAAUUUUGACCAAGACAAUUUACACUGAAACACUUAUGUUUUUGUAGGGCAACUGCAUAUUCUUUAUGUAUUCUACACAUCCAAAACAAGCUGAGAACUGUGUUCCUGAAUUACUUUAUUGCUGUUUUAUAGCAAAUCAAGACAUUGCCUAAACCUCUUUGCAGCAUGAAAAAGACAAAGCAUGCAACCUCUGCAAAAACACAUUGUAAAUACAUUUUGAUCCAACAGGAGUAGACCUAAAUGGAAUGCAGUAAUUGACAUUUUUUCUGAUUAGUUAAUUAUUAUUUAUUCUAUUAAUUGUGCAUCCCUACCUUAUAGUACCCCACUCUUUCUAUCACCAUUCAUUUACCAGCACAUUCUCUCUGUCUCCCUCGCUUUCUCUCCAUUCACAGAAAAACUGAAUGACGGACAUGCCAUUGAAGAAUGGGGUAUGCAGGGGGGUUGGGGUGUGCCGAAAAAAACGUUGAUGAUUCAGUGGCGCUCUGAGCUGUAACAUCCCCCACAUUCCCUGUGACUCAGCUCUCCCUCACACCCCCCACCCAUCCGCUCCUCUCCUCAGCAACGGCUCCCUGCCUUCCUACGGGGCUGGAUAGCACCAAUAAGACCCUACAGCUGCGACUGCAGAGGGGGUUGGUGAUGAAGUCAUCCGUCUGGGACGUGAUACAGUGGGUUUAAUGAAGUAUAAAUAGCCCAUGACACCGGGAUGGCGUGAAACCCGUUCUUUACACCUACACCUCAGAUAUGGAGAAAGGGAGAAAAAAGGAGGAAAGUGAAAAAUGGAGCAAGUGACGAUGGGGGUGGAUAGCUGAAGAUGACUGAAUUAAUGGGGACUUUCAAAGCAGAUGACUUGUGUAUUCGCUCUGUCAUGUUGUGCAGGAUAAGUGGUUGGACUCAGGAUUAACUGCACAUAUGUAGCAGUAUAAGUAGAAGCAGUAAAUGUAAUUUUUCUGAUGUUAAAAUAUUAUCCCAGCUUAAUAUGCAGACACUACUGUAAGUAAACUCUUCAUAGGCUGAUUCCCUCAAAAAGCGUAAACACUGUGGAUCAAAACCAGUUUUUUUUUUUUUUUUUUUUUUUUUUUUUGCAUCCCAACCAACCCAACAUGGCAUCAUGGGCUAAACCAAUGGCGUAAAUUUGGGGAGGGGAAUAUCUGUCCAACUAAUGAGGGAAGUGUCUGAGAAACCUGUUUGAAGACCGCCACAAUUUUUUGCAAUUCUAUUUUAUGAUGCUAGGUUUUGCAAAAAUUACACACUUUACCUUUAAAGGAAUAUUUUACCCAAAAAUUUAAUUUGUCAUCAUUUACUAAAGCACAUGUCUUUCCAAACCCAUAUGACUUCUUUCUUCUGAUCAAACCUAAUCAUAAAUAGUCCAUAAACAGCUACAUCAAUAACAUCAAAACUCAUUGGUUCUUGCGUGUCUCGUGACCAAAUGUCAUGACAUCGUGUCCAACAAACCAGUGAUGUUUGAUUUUUUUUUAUCAAACUUCACUUGGAUUUCACUCAUUUGUGUACCUUUUUUAAGAUUUCAUUUGAGUGUGAAUAACAACCUAAAUUACGGUCAGUUCAUCAUACAAAAUGACAUAUGACACACAAGCAGCAUAGACUACUUUUAUGACACUUCUGGGUGCUUAAUUAAGUGUUAAAGCGAGUCUGUAUGCAAUGUCAUUGUAUUGAAUUUAGCCAACAGGACAUGUUUAACAUUAUGGUAUGUUUCCACUGGCACAGAAAAAGCCGCUCAACACGCUAGACAGCUAUCACAUUGGGGUGUGUUUGUAAUAUGCAAAGCCAGUGAGUUUUGUCUCUCAUUGUUUUCAGAACACGAGCAAUAAUAUCAUCUUUUAUAUGUGCAAUUACAGUUGGAAAGAUGCAGCUUAGUUUUCAAAUGCACAAAAUGUUACACUUUUGCUUACCCAGCCUCAGUAUUGCCACAAUAAAUGUGUCCAAUCAUCAUUUGAAGUCUGUUUGAAGUCAGAAAUAUACAUGAUGAUGUGAUUAAAGAACUGAAUCCAGCAGAAACUCCAGCAUUAAAGGCAUAUUUUAAGCGCUUAUGACAGAAGCCACUGCUUUCAGCUCACAGUGAUUGGCUGGCGCCCCACGUUUUUCAUUCCUCGUUUGCAUAAAGCUGAGGAAUUUGAACUUUUCCAACGCCCUCCAUGCUUUCUCUGCACCAAGGUUAUAAUAGUUUAACAUUUUUAAUUUAGUUUUUAUUUCUAUUUGUUUUUUAUUUUUUGCUUCAAUUUAGUUUGUUAGUUCUUUGUUAGUUUUAGUUUUUUAAUAUUUUAUAGUUUCGUUUCAUUACAUUUAUUUUUAAUUUUUUAUAUAAAUUGAUAUAUAUAGAAUGGGGAAAACAGGCAUUUGUGCAACGUAGGUCGUAUAGCUGGACACCCAAAUGUACAGUUUGUAAAUAAUAUUAUAUUAUUAAACAUCUUCAUUUUAAUAAGACCAACUGAAUUUCAUUACUGAAAUUACAGUAGAAGAAAACACAAUUCAGAUUUAAGAAUGCUUCUUUUUUUAUUGAACUUUAACCACAAAGUCCUCUAGUGCAUUUGAUGAGAAAGUAAGUCUUGUCGCAACUCUGAAAACUGAACAUGAAACAAAACUCUAUACCAAUUCAGAAUGAAAUGUAAAACAAAUCACUGAUUGAUGGUGUAAGACAGAUUGAGUUAAAAGAAUGUGUGUGUGUGUGUGUGUGUGUGUGUGUAUGUGUGUGUGUGUGUGUGUGUGUGUGUGUGUGAGUGUGAGAGUAGGUUUUUGUGGUUACACACUAGUUUUUUUUAGGUUACACACUAGUAAUUAUGAGGGUAUUAUGCUAUAAAUGUGGCUUAUGACGACACCCCUAGUGUUCUUGUAAUUCAAGCAGCUUAAAAAACAUAAUAAACAAUGUUUUAUUAAAAAAGUAAAAAUGGCAAAAGGUUUCUGUAAUGGUUAUGUUUCAGAGUAGGGUUGGGGGAUAAAAUAGAUU